AUGCUGGCGGCGCGGCACGUCGUGUGCGCCCUUUCCGGAGGGGUGGACAGCGCGGUGGCCGCGCUCCUGCUAAAGCGGAGAGGUUAUCAGGUGACGGGGGUGUUCAUGAAGAACUGGGACUCCCUGGACGAGCAUGGCGUGUGCACAGCCGACAGGGACUGUGAGGAUGCUUACCGUGUGUGCCAGAUCCUCGACAUCCCUUUCCACCAGGUGUCCUACGUGAAAGAGUACUGGAACCAGGUGUUCAGCGAUUUUUUAAGUGAAUAUGAAAAAGGAAGGACUCCGAACCCUGACAUAAUUUGCAACAAGCACAUCAAAUUCAGCUGUUUCUUCAGUUAUGCCGUGGAUAAUCUUGGAGCUGAUGCUGUGGCCACAGGUCACUACGCGCGGACGUCUCUGGAGGAUGAGGAGGUCUUCCAGCAGAAGCACGUGAAGCGGCCCGAAGGGCUUUUCAGAAACCGAUUUGAAGUGAGAAACGCGGUAAGACUCCUCCAGGCAGCUGACAGCUUUAAAGACCAGACCUUCUUUCUCAGCCAGGUUUCCCAGGAUGCCCUGAGGAGAACCAUCUUCCCUCUGGGGGGAUUAACCAAAGGCUUUGUAAAGAAAAUAGCUGCUGAGAAUGGACUUCAUCACGUGCUUCAGAAAAAGGAGAGCAUGGGCAUCUGCUUCGUGGGUAAAAGAAACUUUGAGAACUUCAUCCUUCAGUACCUGCAGCCUCGGCCUGGGCGCUUCAUCUCCAUAGAAGACAACACGGUCCUGGGAGCACAUCAAGGCUGGUUCCUGUACACUUUGGGCCAGAGAGCUCGGAUCGGGGGCCUGCGGGAGCCCUGGUACGUGGUGGAGAAGGACAGCGCCAAGGGGGACAUCUUUGUGGCCCCCCGCAUGGACCACCCUGCCCUGUACCGGGACCUGCUGCGGACCAGCCGCGUGCACUGGAUCACGGAGGAGCCGCCCCCGGUCCUGGUCCGCGACAAGAUGAUGGAGUGCCACUUCCGGUUCCGCCACCAGAUGGCGCUAGUGCCUUGUGUGCUGACCCUCAACCAGGACGGCACCGUGUGGGUGACCGCUGUGAAGGCUGUGAGGGCACUUGCCCUCGGCCAGUUUGCUGUCUUCUACAAGGGAGACGAAUGUCUAGGCAGCGGCAAGAUCCUGCGGCUGGGGCCGUCCGCCUACACGCUGCAGAGGGGUCAGAGCAGGUCCCCGGUGGCCAGCUCUGGAGAUGGCACUGCUGAGGACCCAGGCCCCAGCCCCACGCCCUGA